AUGGACGGUCUCAAAGCAGCAUUCGCGAAGGCAAAGGCCGAGAAACGGAGUGCCCUCGUGGGCUACUGGACUCAUGGAUAUCCUACCAUUGAGGAGACCCCAGACAUCAUGCUGGGCAUGCAGCGGGGCGGUGUUGAUGUCAUAGAGCUUGGUCUCGCCUUCACAGAUCCCAUCGCAGAUGGUCCUACGAUACAGAAGUCGAACAAUGUCGCACUUCAGAACGGCGCCACUAUCACAAACGCCCUUGAGCAGGUCACGAUUGCCAAGUCGCGAGGGCUCACAGUGCCGGUGGUGUUCAUGGGCUACUUCAACCCAGUAAUGCGGUACGGUGAAGAUCGGCUACUGAGAGAUUGCAAGAGUGUGGGUGUCAAUGGCUUCAUCAUGGUUGACUUGCCACCCGAGGAGGCAGUUCGGUUUCGAGACAAUUGCACAAAGGCUGGUCUUUCAUACAUCCCCCUCAUUGCGCCGGCGACGUCAGAGAAGCGGAUGAAGCUGCUGUGCAAGAUUGCAGAUUCCUUCAUAUAUGUUGUCUCGAGAAUGGGUGUCACAGGAGCAACGGGCACGCUCAACACCAAGCUACCAGAGCUGCUCGAGCGCGUACACCAGUAUUCUGGCGGCGUCCCAGCGGCAGUCGGCUUCGGCGUCAGCACAAGAGACCACUUCUUGUCAUUAUCAGCUAUCACAGAAGGUGUGGUCAUCGGCUCACAGAUCGUCAUCACUAUUGGAGAGAACCCCGGCAAUGCCUCGAAAGCCGUCGAAGACUACUGCAGUCAGAUCACAGGCCGCAAGAUCGGCGACGCCAACCCCUCUAACGGCAACACCAGAGAAGUUGGCAUAGUCGAGAUCAUGGAUGGAGCCAAGGAGCCAAACGAGAAAACCGUCAACGGGCUCAACGGCCACCACGUUACAGUCGACGAAGUCGUCACAGACGCCGACCGUUCCGGCCCAGGCCUCGCAGACCAACUUGACGCCCUCAACUCAACCACCAACGGCACGGAACCCAAACCCGAAGCCAUUCCCGCCCAAUUCGGCCAAUUCGGCGGCCAGUACGUCCCCGAGUCCCUCAUGGAUUGUCUCGCCGAGCUCGAAGAUGGCUUCCAGGCCGCCAAAGCCGAUCCUAAAUUCUGGGAAGAAUAUCGCUCAUAUUACCCCUACAUGGGCCGCCCCUCGAAUCUCCACCUUGCCGAGCGACUCUCCGAAGCCGCCGGCGGCGGUGCCAACAUCUGGCUGAAGCGCGAAGAUCUCAACCACACGGGCUCGCACAAGAUCAACAACGCCCUUGGCCAGAUCCUCCUCGCCCGCCGACUCGGCAAGACGCGCAUCAUAGCUGAAACAGGCGCUGGUCAGCACGGCGUCGCCACCGCCACUGUCUGUGCCAAAUUCGGAAUGGAAUGCACCAUCUAUAUGGGUGCCGAGGACGUCCGCCGGCAAGCUCUGAACGUCUUCCGCAUCAAGCUCCUCGGCGCCAAAGUCGUGGCUGUCGAAGCCGGCAGCCGCACUCUACGCGACGCCGUCAACGAAGCCCUUCGCGCGUGGGUCGUGGAUCUAGACACAACGCACUACAUCAUUGGCAGCGCCAUCGGUCCCCACCCCUUCCCCACCAUUGUCCGGACCUUCCAGUCUGUCAUCGGCAACGAGACGAAAGAACAAAUGAAGCAGCUCACUGGCCGCUUGCCAGACGCCGUUAUUGCUUGCGUCGGCGGCGGGUCCAACGCAGUCGGCAUGUUCUACCCCUUCUCCUCCGACCCCAGCGUCAAGCUCCUGGGCGUCGAAGCCGGCGGCCACGGUGUUGAGUCAGGCAAACACUCCGCCACGCUGUCCGGCGGCUCAGUCGGCGUCCUUCACGGUGUGCGCACGUACGUUUUACAGAACGAGCACGGCCAGAUCCAGGAUACGCACUCCGUCUCCGCUGGGCUGGACUACCCCGGGGUGGGCCCUGAGCUGUCGAGCUGGAAGGACUCGGACAGAGCGAAGUUCGUCAAUGCUACAGAUGCGCAGGCGUUCAGGGGUUUCCGCACGUUGAGCGAGACCGAGGGGAUCAUCCCGGCACUGGAGACGAGCCAUGCUAUCUGGGGAGCUAUGGAACUGAGUAAGACGAUCGGCAAGGAUGGGGACAGGAAGCGGGAUAUCGUCGUAUGCUUGAGCGGGAGGGGGGACAAGGAUGUGCAGAGUGUUGCGGAUGAAUUGCCUGUCUUAGGUCCGGAGAUUGGAUGGGAUCUGAGGUUUUGA